UUGUAUGAAAACUUCUUCACUUCUUAUUCGGAAUUCUAAUUUUCUACUGACAGCUGUUACAACUGUGACUUUCACUUUUCGUGAUUGCGACUACUCUCUUCACCCCACAAGAAGAACUCUUCUCAAAAUAUUAGAUCAACGCUGCACGACAUUAAGGUCCUCGUGGAGGUGUGCCGUUUUGAACGUCCGAUGUGCUAGUGGAGAAGAGAAAAUCUACAUAUCAGCUUCAUCAAGAUUUUGAGGUCGGGAGGACAUUUCAUUUCGGAUCUGAUUCUGAACAGCGUCCUCCGACGUGCACGACCAGGGAACAGCACACAGCGUCAUCUACUUCGCAAGAAUCCUGUGUACAACUUCUCCACGACCCACCUGCUCAUCAUCUUCUCUGGCGGAGGACAACCGAUUUCUCAAUAGCGCAAAUAAACCGCACAGCAAAUCGGGAAUAAAGUCAACAUGAUUGCCACCCGUGCUGUCCGCUGCGGCCUCUUCCUCGUCGGCCUUCUCGAGGUGAUCUUUUUUCAGCCCGCGGAUGGUGCUGGUACGGCGACGGUGCCCUCCGGUUACGCUGCGUCGCAGCACACGCGGCCACUGCUGCUGUUUUCCUUUCUCGCGGCCUUGGCGACCCUGCCCACCGUGGAGGCGAGUCUGUGGGGCAUCGGGCACGGGGGUCACCGCAUUUACUGGGACAGCGAGCGCGCACUGCAGGACUUGCAGUACUCGUCGCCCGGUGGGGGCCUGGUAUCCUGAGCACAAACGUCCCCACCCCAGAGUUGUCAUGCGGAUUUGCAUCUACAGAAACAUUUGUAAUGCGGCUCCCCAUGAGGGGCAUUUCCAGUCGUGUUUUGGAAUUUGUAAUGCUAGCAACGGGAUGAGCAGACGCAUUUGUGCUGCGGCUGUCCUUACGAACCUGGUGCACUACACUACGCGCUGGUGCUUGUCAUGCGUGGCUCCCAAAACUCCUAGAUUUGUGUUGCUAAGUUCCCAACUGGACUAUGGGGUGGGAACGUUUUUACCGAGGAUACCUGGGGUUUUUGGAUCAGCUCAAAUGGUACGUGCGCUACCUCAUCGAUGAAGAGAAAGACACGAUUGACCGUAUCCUGUGCAAAAGCAUCCCCACCCCAGAGUUGUCAUGCAGAUCUGCAAGCGCAAGCGCGUUUGUAAUGCGCAUCCCCAUGAUAGGCAUUUCCGAUCGUGUUUUGGAACUUGUAAUGCUGUAAACAGGAUUAGCAGAUGGAUUUGUAAUGCGACUUCCCUAUUCUAAACUGCACUACACUACAGCUAGCAAUUUGUCAUGCGUGGCUCCCAAAACUUGAAGGUUUGUGUUGCAAAAUCCCCAUCUUGACUCUGGGGUGGGGACGUUUUUCAUUAGGAUAGAUCGGGGCGAACUUUACAUGUACCAGCUGCGCACGCCGACCAGCGGGGGCCACAACUGCCUCAUGUACACCAGUAUGCAGUGCAAAAGUAUCGUACGAGUACAAGUUGCAUGACAAAUUUUUGCAGGAGGAAAAAGGCAAUUUGUAUAUGCAGUUUCAGGCAACCAGGUAGAUGUGUCAUGCUGUACUGCGAUUAGUACGAAUACGGUAGUUUUGCAGAGCAUAACCAAUUGGGGGGAGGUCAAUGACCCGCGUCUCGGGGGGAAGUACGAAGCGCUGGACCAGUGGGAGCUGGGGGUGGAUGGCAACCAAGCGAAAAUCUGGGUGUCCCAAUACCCGGAGUGCAUCGUGUGGACGGACAAUCUAUGAAUUGCAAAAGUGUCGUACUCGUAGUAAAAAUUGCAGCCAUGCAUCACAUCAAUUUUUUUCCCCAAGGUAAAUCCGCAUGAAAAAUUUUAUUUCUCAUGCUGGGGAAUAUAUAAAUGUGUAUUGUGUAAUGCAUUUUGAUUUAUAUAUACGAGUGCGAUACAACUUUUGCAGUUGAUACAUUCUGGAAUUCCUCUCGGACCCGGGCUUCGUUGAGCAUAUGAACCACGAUACGGAGGAAAAGGACCCCCACAACCAGGGGGCGGCUCAGCCAAACAACAUGCCCGGUUUAGUGAUGGCAGCGGGAGCACAGAAAUUCGGCGGUAUGAGAAGAUAGAUUUACUUGUACCAGAACCAGAUCAUGUUGGAGAUGAUAUUUCUAUUUCACCAAAACCUAUAUAUCGAUUCGUGACGAAAUUGUUCCACUAGACUACUACAGUUCACUUGUCAGCAAGUAUAUAAGUUCUUGCGCAGCCGCUUUAGAAGAAGAAAGAAACUCUUUAUUUGAAGAUGCGUAGGACGACAAUGUCAGUUGAUGUUCUUCCUGCUCCUCCGGUAUAGUUUUCGUUUUAAUGAAAUUAAAAAACCGAAAAAAUUUUUAAACACAUCAGUGAAAAACAACGCGCAAAACAACGCACUGAUGGGCGCGGGCAUGGGUCUAAUGUCCGGCGAAACUUCUUUGCGUCACCCGAUCUGGAUCCCGAGUUACGUCGUGGGCGGCGCUGUCGGCAUGGCGAACGAGAAGUUUGCGAACGUGGCCUCGAUGGGGGUCUCGCACAAAAGCGCGGAGUUUCGGAUGUACACGAAACUGAACAUGGACCGCGACGGGACGGUGGAGAUCGACGAGUCGCAGGCGUACAUCGUCAAGUACGACGUCCGCAUUCAGAACAUCACGGUCGGGCUCUGCUGCGGCUGCAUCUGUCUCUUCCUGCUCACCGCGAUUGGGCUGGCGGUCUUUUUCAUCUUUUGCCACGUCAAGCGCGAAGUGCGCAACAAAAACGCGCGCUACCUAUCCAAGAAAAAAACGUUGUUAGUGUAAAUUUGUGAUGCGCAACAUGCAAGAUGAUUGCGUCUGUCAUGCUUGGCAUGCGUCGUAGAGUCCAUUAAAAGGCAUUUUCGCAUACUAUCUGCGCAUGACAGGUUUUUGCUGUCAUGCCAGACAAAUUUGUAAUGCUGUUCCUCCAAAAAAGUUACACCUACAUUGUUUUUUUGUUGGAUACUACCUGAUGGAGGACGACUACUACGGAGAAGACGACGGCUAUGCCGCGGCGGCGGGGGAGGGGGGCGGAUGGAACAAUUGGCAGUGGUGGUGGGAUGAUCCCAACGCGCGCCAGGACAACUACGGUGGAAACUACGCGGACGCCUACGCGGCUGGUUACGACAACUACGGCGGCAACGCCAUGAUGUAUGGGGGCGGGCAGCACAUGCAGCACAACCCGAUUAUUUCUGGCUCCGCCAUGGAAGCCAACAUGCCGGGCAUCAUAUCCGGCACGCAGUCGCCCUCCGCAAUUCCCACAGACGGGGACACGGACGGAGAAAGCGGCUACAACAAUUCCUCCUCGGCGAAGUUUCAGGGGAGUAGCUCCUCGAAGCAGCGAAUCCUGGACCAGUUGGCCGCCCUGGAUGCGCACGAGAAUUCGCAGAUGGAAAGUGGCCUCAACGUCAACUCCUCGUCUAUCCUGAGUAAAAACGUCCCCACACCAGAGUCAAGAUGGGAAAUCUGCAAGACAAAUCAGCCACCGGUGGUUGUUUCGCAUGACAAGUUUGUCCUCGUAGUGUAGUCCUGUUUAGGUAGUCCAGAAGCAUCACAGAUCUAGCACAUCGUGUUGAUUAUAGCAUAACAAGUUCCAAAACAUGGCCAGAAAAUGCCUCUCAUGGGGUUCCGCAUGAGAGACCUUUUUGGCAUGCAGAUCUGCAUGUUAAAUAUGGGGUGGGGACGUUUUCACACAGGAUAUCGUCGGCGAAACGGAGCUCCAGUCGGAAAAUGAACUCGUCCGCGGGUGGUCAGUAUCCUGUGCAAAAGUAUCGUACUCGUAUUGCAAUCAUGCAUUACAAAUCGAGAAAGCACUUGCGCGAGAAAGAAAAGGCUGUACUGAGCGAACCGGGCGAGUUUUGAACGGGCCAAAGAGACACUUGAGUCAAGCCCAGACAGGAAGAAGAAAGAAAGAAAGAAAGGUAAAUCCGCAUUACAAAUUUUAUUUCUCAUGCUGAGAAAAUUUGUAAUGCUAAUGCAUUUAUACGAGUGCGAUACUUUUGCAGUUCAUAGUCAGCAAAUGAACUCGUCCGCGGGCCGGCAAAACAACUCCUCGGCGGGUGGGCGAAUGAACUCGUCCGCGGGUGGUCAGCAAAUGAACUCGUCCGCGGGCCGCCAAAACAACUCGUCGGCGGGCUUCAGUAACGCGCGGGUGCCGACCGUGGACAGCAACGCGGAAUCAGGACUGGAGUCCGGGUCCGCCGACUACAACGAUCUUCCCGGAGGACCCGAUGGGAACCCGCCGAAGCAAAAGCGGUCGUGGACGCCUAAUGCCAAGAACUACGGCGGCGACACCCCGAUGUCGCCCUGGUUCGCCACCCGCUCGUAUUGUAAGGAAAAAUCCCCCCUCCCCAUAUCAAAACGGAAUUUCUGAUGCUGGAUUUGUGUACACAAAUCAGCUUUGUAUUGCAGACAGACAUUGCGGCCAGAUCCCCAGGCUAGGUAGGGGCGUAUGGGUCUAGUUGUUCAGCAUGGCAAACGGCUGCUCUUUAGGCCCAACAGCAUGACAAACCGCCUCCAUAACGGGGCGGAAGCUUCUGCCCUUCUGUUCCUGCAAGACGGAUGUGAUUUGUGACCUCAAAUCAGCAACGCAAAUUUUCGAAAGCAUACCCUUUCAAUAUGGGGAGGGGGGAUUUUUCCUUACGAUAGCUCGACCGGCGGGAGGGGGGCCGCGGAUAACAAUCGAAGCGACCACAACCAGAUCAAGACCAGCGGCCCGCUGCUGCCGCACGGGGUGGCCAAGGCCGAGUUUGGGCAGCCAGGCUCAGGGAGUCCGGGCAAGAGGAAGUCCGGAAACAAGGGCUCGGGCAACUUUCUGGCCUAUGAGCACCGCGUGCAUUUGGAGGGGGAACAGCGCGCCAGCGGGACGAGUGGUCGCCGCGUGAAGAUUUCCAGUGGCUCCUCUUCGCGGGGAAAUCAGAGCGGGACAUCGAGCGCCGCAGGCGAGAGCGACGUGGCCGGCGCCGGAGCGGCGCGAGCAUCGUCCUCCGUGAAAGCCCGCAACAAUGUGCAGGGCCGUUCCAAGCAGAUCACCAAGGACUAGUACUAGACCAACCGCUGCAUCAUGAAAUGGCAGACGAGAAGGUGGUGCUGGAGAAUAGAAGAGGAGGAGAGGGCGCCCGGAGUUGUAGCUGCAAGGACCAAGCGUCAGUGCGACAACAUGAACUACUUAAAACUUUUGAAACUUUUUAAUUUUAUUCGUCUUUUGUAUUUUCACAUUUACAACAUAAUUUCAUAGCAUUAUUUCAAAUUGUUACUGUACUAUCCCACUUAAGAAUUCGGCAACAGGAACAUUUUUGCUUUAUUCAUGAUCUUUACCAUAUGGAUGUGUCAGAGUUGAAAUCGACAAAGUUGAAAUAAUUUGCCAUGCAUAAAAUUAAUGGAUGCCAGCUGGAACCCAGUUUCCAAGUGGCGCAUGACAAAUUUCGGCGGUCCCUAAAUCCAGGCUGUCAUGCUGUUUAGGCAAAGAAGAGCGAUUUUCUGAUGCUACUUUAGCAGCUCGAGCUGUAACCCCAAACAGGCUUACAAUCGGCCUCACUUGCCUGCUCUGCAACACACGCGCCUCGGCUCAUGCAUUUUAUGCAUUACAGAUUAUUUCAACUUUGACGAUUUCAAACCUGACGCUUCCAUAUACCAAUGCCUUUCUGUUUGUUGUACUUGAAAUCGGUUAAGAGCUAACAUUGACCACAUAUCGCUCGAUAACGACCCCAAAAACAUCACAGAUUUUCUUGCCGACAAGAACUCAUGUUUUUUCCUUUGUAACACAUAAAGAACUUGACUUUUCACCUAGCGCAGUUCUAUCUUUUUCAGUCUCCUCUCCCAAAUAAUUUUGUCUCAAGUUUUCAUCACACAUCCUUAUUUUGUAUUUGCUGUCCCCAGCAGCAGCAUAGAGCGGUUUCUCUUUAUAAUUCCUGUCUCCCAACAGGUAAUCUCCACCAAUGUCAUUCUCAUUCCUCAUCAAGAACAGGCUCGCUAUAACAAGGCGCGUACAGUAAAGAGAGUUGUAAAAUAACAGAAGAACAGCCUGGUCUUUUCCCUAAACAACUGUGAAUCCCUCGCCGCAACAUGAACAAGAAGAACUAUCGAAGAAUCUAAAUCAUCUAU